AUGCAGAGGCUCACCAUGACCAAGUCGUACAGCGAGAGCGGGCUGAUGGGCGAGCCCCAGCCGCAGGGCCCCCCGAGCUGGACGGACGAGUGCCUCAGCUCCCAGGACGAGGAGCACGAGGUGGACAAGAAGGAGGAGGACCUGGAGGGUCUGCACGCCGAGGCCGAGGAGGACUCGCUGCGGAACGGAGAGGAGGAAGACGAGGAGGACGACUUGGACGAAGAGGAGGAGGAAGAGGAGGAGGAGGAAGACGACGACCAGAAGCCCAAGAGGCGGGGCCCCAAGAAGAAGAAGAUGACCAAGGCGCGCAUGGAGCGGUUCAAGCUGCGGCGCAUGAAGGCCAACGCUCGGGAGCGCAACCGCAUGCACGGGCUGAACGCGGCCCUGGACAACCUGCGCAAGGUGGUGCCCUGCUACUCCAAGACGCAGAAGCUCUCCAAGAUCGAGACCCUGCGCCUGGCCAAGAACUACAUCUGGGCGCUCUCCGAGAUCCUCCGCUCGGGCAAGAGCCCGGACCUGGUGUCCUUCGUGCAGACUCUCUGCAAGGGCCUGUCGCAGCCCACCACCAACUUGGUGGCCGGCUGCCUGCAGCUCAACCCGCGGACUUUCCUCCCCGAGCAGAGCCAGGAGGUGCCGCCGCACGUGGCGGCGGCGGCGGCGGGCGCGCCCUUCCCGGCGCAUCCCUACCCCUACCAGUCGCCGGGCUUGCCCAGCCCGCCCUACGGCACCAUGGACAGCUCCCACCUCUUCCACCUCAAGCCGCCGCACGCCUACGGCGCCGCACUGGAGCCCUUCUUCGAGAGCGGGCUGGCGGAGGGCGCCAGCCCCGCCUUCGACGGGCCGCUCAGCCCGCCCCUCAGUGUGAACGGCAACUUCUCCUUCAAGCACGAGCCGGCCGCCGACUUCGACAAGAGCUACGCCUUCUCCAUGCACUACCCCGCCGCCGCCGCCGCGCUGGCCGCCGCGCCCGCCCACGCCGCCAUCUUCCCGCCCGCCGCCUCCCGCUGCGAGAUCCCGGUGGACGGGCUGGCGCCCUACGAGGGCCACCCGCACCACGAGCGCGUCCUCAGCGCCCAGCUCAACGCCAUCUUCCACGACUGA